AUGGCGAGUAAAGAGAUGUUCGAAGAUACUGUGGAGGAGCGGGUCAUCAACGAAGAAUAUAAGAUCUGGAAGAAGAACACGCCAUUUCUGUAUGACCUGGUUAUGACCCAUGCUCUUCAGUGGCCCAGUCUUACGGUUCAGUGGCUUCCUGAAGUGACUAAACCAGAAGGAAAGGAUUAUGCCCUUCACUGGCUAGUGCUGGGGACUCACACGUCUGAUGAGCAGAAUCAUCUCGUGGUUGCUCGAGUCCAUAUUCCGAAUGAUGAUGCACAGUUUGAUGCUUCCCACUGUGACAGCGAAAAGGGUGAAUUUGGUGGCUUUGGUUCUGUAACAGGAAAAAUUGAAUGUGAAAUUAAAAUCAAUCACGAAGGCGAAGUAAACCGUGCUCGUUACAUGCCGCAGAAUCCUCACAUCAUCGCUACAAAGACACCAUCUUCUGACGUGCUGGUUUUUGACUAUACAAAGCACCCUGCUAAACCAGACCCAAGUGGAGAGUGUAAUCCUGAUCUUAGGCUGAGAGGCCACCAGAAGGAAGGCUACGGUCUUUCCUGGAAUUCUAAUUUGAGUGGACAUCUGCUAAGUGCAUCUGACGACCAUACUGUCUGUCUGUGGGAUAUAAAUGCUGGACCAAAGGAAGGCAAAAUUGUGGAUGCUAAAGCCAUCUUUACUGGCCACUCGGCUGUUGUUGAGGAUGUGGCCUGGCACCUGCUGCACGAGUCACUGUUUGGAUCUGUUGCUGAUGAUCAGAAGCUUAUGAUAUGGGACACCAGAUCCAAUACCACCUCCAAGCCAAGCCACCUGGUGGAUGCACACACUGCUGAAGUCAAUUGCCUGUCAUUCAAUCCCUACAGCGAGUUCAUUCUCGCAACUGGCUCUGCAGAUAAGACUGUAGCUUUAUGGGAUCUGCGUAAUUUGAAACUAAAGCUCCAUACCUUUGAAUCUCAUAAAGAUGAAAUUUUCCAGGUCCACUGGUCUCCACAUAACGAAACUAUUCUGGCUUCAAGUGGUACUGAUCGCCGCCUGAAUGUGUGGGAUUUAAGCAAAAUUGGAGAAGAACAAUCAGCAGAAGAUGCGGAAGAUGGGCCUCCUGAACUCCUGUUUAUUCAUGGAGGACACACCGCCAAGAUAUCAGACUUCAGCUGGAACCCCAAUGAGCCAUGGGUCAUUUGCUCGGUGUCUGAGGACAACAUCAUGCAGAUCUGGCAAAUGGCUGAAAAUAUUUACAAUGAUGAAGAGUCAGAUGUCACAACCUCGGAACUGGAGGGGCAAGGAUCUUAA